GUGCGCGGGGGCGGGGUCCAGGCCUUGGUUCUAAGGCGGCGCGCGGCGGCGGAGCGAGGCAGGUGGGUCCGGGGCUGCGUGGUCCAUGAGCCGGUGCCGGAGGCAGCGCGGAGCCGCAGACUUCCCUGGCUCCCGGCGCGGCCCGGGCAGCCGCGGGCUGAGGAGCCGCGGAGCUCCAAGGAGCUCCCGGAGCUGCCACCAUGAACCCCGAGAAGGACUUCGCGCCCCUCACGCCCAACAUUGUGCGCGCCCUCAAUGACAAGCUCUACGAAAAGCGGAAGGUGGCAGCGCUGGAGAUCGAGAAGUUGGUGCGGGAGUUCGUGGCCCAGAACAACACCAUGCAAAUCAAGCAUGUGAUCCAGACCCUGUCUCAGGAGUUUGCCCUGUCUCAGCACCCCCACAGCCGGAAAGGGGGCCUCAUCGGCCUGGCCGCCUGCUCCAUCGCACUGGGCAAGGACUCGGGGCUCUACCUCAAGGAGUUGAUCGAGCCGGUGCUGACCUGCUUCAAUGACGCAGACAGCAGGCUGCGCUACUACGCGUGCGAGGCUCUCUACAACAUCGUCAAGGUGGCCCGGGGCGCCGUGCUGCCCCACUUCAACGUGCUCUUUGGCGGGCUGAGCAAGUUGGCUGCUGACCCAGACCCCAAUGUGAAAAGUGGAUCUGAGCUCCUAGACCGCCUUUUAAAGGACAUCGUGACGGAGAGUAACAAGUUCGAUCUGGUGGGUUUCAUCCCCUUGUUGCGGGAGAGGAUUUACUCCAACAACCAGUACGCCCGGCAGUUCAUCAUCUCCUGGAUCCUGGUUCUGGAGUCCGUGCCAGACAUUAACCUGCUGGAUUAUUUGCCGGAGAUCCUGGAUGGGCUCUUUCAGAUCCUGGGUGACAAUGGCAAAGAGAUUCGGAAAAUGUGUGAGGUGGUCCUUGGAGAAUUCUUGAAAGAAAUUAAGAAGAACCCCUCUAGUGUUAAGUUUGCUGAGAUGGCAAACAUCCUGGUAAUCCACUGCCAGACCACAGACGACCUCAUCCAGCUCACAGCCAUGUGCUGGAUGCGCGAGUUUAUCCAGCUGGCCGGCCGGGUGAUGCUGCCCUACUCCUCUGGCAUCCUGACUGCAGUCCUGCCCUGUCUGGCCUACGAUGACCGCAAGAAAAGCAUCAAGGAGGUGGCCAAUGUGUGCAACCAGAGCCUGAUGAAGCUGGUCACCACUGAGGACGACGAACCUGACGAGCUGAAGCCAGCGGUGCAGAGGCAGGCGGAGCCUAGCCCUGAGGACUCUCUGGCGAAGCCGGAGGGGACAGGCAGUGGGGGACCUGAUGCUUCUUGCGACUCCAGCUUCAGUAGUGGUAUCAGUGUCUUCUCUCCAGCCAGCACGGAAAGGGCCCCAGUCACUCUCCACCUCGAUGGGAUUGUGCAGGUCCUGAACUGCCACCUCAGUGACAUGGCCAUCGGGAUGAUGACUAGGAUCGCUGUCCUGAAGUGGCUCUACCACCUCUACAUCAAGACUCCCCGCAAGAUGUUCCGGCACACAGACAGCCUCUUCCCCAUCCUACUGCAGACGCUGUCAGAUGAGUCCGAUGAGGUUAUCUUGAAGGAUCUGGAGGUGUUGGCAGAAAUUGCUUCCUCCCCUGCAGGCCAAACGGAUGACCCAAGCCCCCUCGAUGGCCCUGACUUCCGGGUCAGCCACUCAGAGCUUCAGGUGCCCACCGCUGGCAGAGGUGGCCUACUGACCACUCCUGGUACCAAAGGCUUAGAAUGUUCUCCUUCCACUCCUACCAUGAACUCCUACUUUUAUAAGUUCAUGAUCAACCUUCUCAAGAGGUUCAGCAGUGAACGGAAGCUCUUGGAGGUCAGAGGCGCUUUCAUCAUCAGGCAGCUGUGCCUCCUGCUAAACGCAGAGAACAUCUUUCACUCAAUGGCAGACAUCCUGCUCCGAGAGGAAGACCUCAAGUUUGCCUCGACCAUGGUCCACACCCUCAACACCAUCCUGCUCACCUCCACAGAGCUCUUCCAGCUGAGAAACCAGCUCAAGGACCUGAAGACUCUGGAGAGCCAGAACCUGUUCUGCUGCCUGUACCGCUCCUGGUGCCACAACCCGGUCACCACCGUGUCCCUCUGCUUCCUCACCCAGAACUAUCGGCAUGCCUACGACCUCAUCCAGAAGUUCGGGGACCUGGAGGUCACUGUGGAUUUCCUCACGGAGGUGGACAAGCUGGUACAGCUGAUCGAGUGCCCUAUCUUCACAUAUCUGCGCCUGCAGCUGCUGGAUGUGAGGAACAACCCGUACCUGAUCAAGGCCCUCUACGGCCUGCUCAUGCUGCUGCCCCAGAGCAGCGCCUUCCAGCUGCUCUCCCACCGGCUCCAGUGCGUGCCCAACCCGGAGCUGCUGCAGACCGAAGACAGUCUAAAGGCAGUCCCCAAGUCGCAGAAAGCAGAUUCCGCCAGCAUCGACUACGCAGAGCUGCUGCAGCACUUUGAGAAGGUCCAGAAGAAGCAUCUGGAAGUGAGGCACCAGCGGAGUGGGCGUGGGGAUCACCUGGACCGAAGGGUUGUCCUCUGACAGGCCUGGCAUGGAGAAGCGUCCAAGGAGUAGUCUCAUGGAGCCUUUCCCAACAGAGUCCGAGGACCUAACUCAAGGGUAGGGCUAGCUCUGGCCAUCAGCCCAGGGCAAGGUUGGGGGACAGAGGCUGCUCUGUCCACCCAAGCUCCUCUCACAGCCCAGCCCCCCGGGCUUCCAGUAUUCUCAGCUGCACCCCGACAUUCGGACAGAGCUGGCUUCCCACUAGGGUGGGGCCACAGCCUCAGACACCACCUAUCCUCUGGAAUCGGUCUCUUUCUAACUCUCUUGUAAAGAGCUUUACCUUCCCAGCCCACCAGAGUUCUGGUCUCGUGUGAUGUGUGUAUACAUCAUACCUGUGUGCAUAUAGGGACCAGCACAGAGGUCCGUAUGAAUGAUGCACCCCCGCCCCAAUAAAGAAAUGACAGAAAACCCUCGACUUGUGCCCGCCUG